UGACUUCCUGUAUAAGGUGUGCUGAAGUGUGCGUCAGGAUCUGGCGUCCCGGAGCAGGAUAGGAUGGCCGGGGGGCCCUGGACUCAAAUAUUCACCUGAAGACCACCAGGACAACUUACACAGCUUACCAGAGUCCAGAAAUCAGGCAAAUUUUUAACUUGUGGGACAACGCAGGGACAAAGUCCUCUCAUUUUUCCUUUUACUUUCUCUCAUUCCCCUUCUCGCUUUACCUCUGCCGGAGCGAUUGGAUUACCUGUUCAGGUGGAUGGCUCAAAACGCAACCUGACACAACAAAGCCCUCGGGAAAACAUUUCAUCCUACGACACCAUAUCUGCCAUUGCACAAUGAGUGAUCAAGAAGAGGCGGGCGCUGUGGCGAUGCCUGUUUGCGGGGCAACAGGAGUCACUCCCACCGCCCCUCCUCCUGAUCUCUGCCACAUCUGUGGACAACGCCACCUACAGGAGGAGAACCACGAAUAUACCUACAAAGAGGACGUGGAUGAUGACCUCAUGUGCCACAUCUGCCUCCAGCCCCUGAUCCGGCCGCUGGACACCCCAUGUGGGCACACCUACUGCCAGGAGUGUUUGACAAACUUUCUGCUGGAGAGCGACUUCUGCCCGGUGGAUCGCACUCCUUUGAUGCUGCAGAAGUGCCGAAAGUCCAGCCUUCUGGUGCACAAAUUGCUGGAUAAACUGAUGGUGUCUUGUCCCUUUGCUGAUCACUGCACUGAAGUGAUGCCGCGGGGGGAAAUGGAGGGACAUAUCAGAUGCCGGUGUAAAGGAGCGUCACACUAUGGACUCUCUGCAGAGAGAAAGCGUCGCUCUCAGGAGGGCGACUGCACAGACAGCACCUCAGAGCUCACUCUGGCAGCACUGCCCGGCGAGGGUUGCCCCUCCUCAGCCAUCGCCCUCCUAUCAGAUGAGCCUGGCCUGGUUAACCCCGCCUAUGAGCCCAGUGUGGAGGAUAACAGCCAAUCCGGGAGCACCACCAGCCUGGCAGCACGCAGCGGUUCCCGGAAGAGUGAGUAUCGCAACUUCGACAGGACGUCGGUACGCAGCCGCUCAUUUCGGCGCCUGAAUAGAGCCUUCAGUGUCCUACGGAGGACCAAGAGUGGGACAGCAGUGGCCAAUGACACCACAGAGGAGCGAGACAACCUCAGAAAUGCCAACAUACCAGCAGAGGGUGAGUUAUUCGCAUUACCUCAGCUGCAUCAUCUAAUCCCUGAUGGUGAGGUCACCAGUAUUAAGAUCACCAGGGCAGAUCCUUGUGAACCACUGGCAAUCAGUAUUGUUGGUGGCAAUGAGACCCCUCUAGUACGCAUCCUCAUACAAGACAUCUACCGCGAGGGGGUCAUCGCUCGGGAUGGAAGACUACUACCUGGAGAUAUGAUUCUUAAGGUAAAUGGCAUUGACAUCAGUAACGUGCCUCACUGUUAUGCCGUGGCGGCUCUGAAGCAGCCGUGCACACUUCUGCGGUUGACCGUCCUGCGAGAGCAGCGCCAUCGCUACCGCUCCCAUCAUCACUCCCCCACCGAGGCCUUCCCUGCCCACACGGCCACCAUUCGGGAUGACAGCCUGCAUGUGGUCCUUGUUAAAAGAGCUCCCGAUGAGCAGCUGGGCAUCAAGCUGGUGCGCAGGCCUGAUGAGCACGGCGUCUUCAUCUUCCACCUGCUGGAGGGGGGACUGGCGGCCCGUGACGGCAGGCUGCGGGUAGACGACCGUGUGCUGGCCAUUAAUGGCCACGAUCUGAGAUAUGGUGCCCCAGAACACGCCGCGCUGCUUAUUCAGGCCAGCGAGGACCGUGUCCACUUCAUCGUGUCCCGCCAGACUCACAUUCCAGCUCCGGACAUCCUACAGGAGGCACCAUGGAACAUGGAGGGACCACCGCCCUACUCGCCUGUGGACAUCGAGCACACUUUACUGGAUUCGUGCCAAAAGCCAGCGUGUUACGAGAAGACGGUGACUCUGUUAAAGGAGCCGCAUGAUUCACUCGGUAUGACGGUUGCCGGUGGGAUGAGCAGCAGAGGUUGGGAUUUACCCGUCUAUGUCACGAAUGUCGACCCCAAUGGAGUGGUGGGACAGGAGGGUUCCAUCCGCAAAGGUGACAUCCUCCUGAAUGUGAAUGGAGUCGACCUGACAGGUGUGACCCGGAGCGAGGCUGUGGCCAACCUCAAGAACACCUCAUCCCCGGUGGUCCUGCAGGUGCUGGAAAUGAGACCCCCUAACGAGAGCUCGCUGGACUGCAUGCCACCCCUGCACUCGCCCUGCGCCCUCUCACCCUCCUCACCCGGAGAUGUCAAACUUCCCCCGCCCAAUGAUGACUACGCCCCACUCUGGGUGUCCUGGCUACAGCUGCCCAGGCAUCUCUAUUGCUGUAAAGACAUUGUCCUCCGCAGGAGCACGUCUGGCAGUCUGGGUUUCAGCAUUGUUGGUGGACAAGAAGAACUCAAUUGUAACCAGUCCUUCUUUAUUCGCUCAAUUGUAGAGGGAACACCAGCCUACAACGAUGGCAGGAUACGCUGUGGUGACAUCCUGCUGGAGGUGAAUGGGAAGAGUACCUGGGGAAUGACACACACGGCUCUGGUCCGCCUGCUCAAGGAGCUGAGGGGUCGGAUCACUCUCACCAUUGUUUCCUGGCCUGGCAGCUUGCUAUAGGACUACUCUGCAUGGGGGAGGGGCUUAUCACACUAACCCCACACUAGGGGGGAGAAGCUUACACAACAGACGUUAGAAAUGACAACAAAAAUGGUGGAUUUCAGAGUCUGGACAUUCCUAAAAGAUGCGGCUUGUAACAAAGACUGCACUUCGGGAGCAGGAAAUGACACAUGGACCUCAUGCAAGUACUAAGACUUUAAUUGCGAAGGCGGAGCUAAGGACUUUGAAUCUGCCCACCAAGAAGCACGUUUAUCAGACUCCAAACCAAGGAGGCACUUACACAGCCGUCAAGGCAUAAGGAUGAUAUUUGUGCAUGAGAGGAACAUUGUGUCGGUUAUAGGCAGAAAGCGGAGCAGUACUAAAGGACUGAAAUCACUAAUUCAGGAGUGAGUUUGUCAAUAAACGAGUCGGAAAUACAGUAGAUGUAUAGACAUUAUGGGCACUGUGCUAUAUGUAGUCAGAUUGUGAGACUCUAAUGUUGUUCGUAGAGGACGUUUGAGAUGUUGCACAUGAGACGGGUAUCCUUCGAACAGGAGGGAUCACCGGGAUGUAUCAAGAUGGGCUGGGGGACACACGUUGCCAAUUCCAUUAGUUUUACAUGUUAGAAAAAUGCAUCGAAGUGGACGCACAUUCUUUACUAUAAACGUCGAUGUCUGAAAAAAAGAAAACAAAACAGAUUCAAGCACUUGUACUUUGACUACUAUUACUUUUGGUUCAUUUCUUUCUCCGUUUCUAUGGCUUUCGGAUAUCGGCUUCGUUUUGUUCGUUCUGACAGUGGUUCGUUUUCUCCAUCCACCGGCAUGGAGACACAUUUGCCAAGUAGUUCUAUCUAUGUUGGUAUGUUUCAGAUGAAAAUAAACUAUAGUGAGUAAUAAAAAAGUGUAAUAAAAUAAAUAAAAAUCGCAACUGAAAAAAAGCAAUGUUAAUAAUCUAUUUUAAAAAUGGAUGAUAACUUAUAAUGCUUAUAAUGAUGUGAGAUUUUGGCGGCCUUGCUGACUUUUUUUGUUUACUCUGGAUGAGAACUGGAGAGAGUGAUGUGUGAAAGGCUCACUGUGUGAGUGCGUGUAUGAGUGUGCGUGUAUGUAUCAUCUGUGGGAAAGGUGUGUGUGCUCUGGCAUCUCAUGCUUUGGCUUGUGCAGUAUAUUGUAUCUGUUGGUACCUUUGGUUCAAUGAUCAAUAAAGUCAUUCUACAAGGA